AUGGUCAGAGAAGACUUGGAGACGAAGCACUUAGGUGAAAUAGGCAAAGCAGCCGGAUCCUCACUCCAUUCCACCAUCACCGAUCGCUCAUUGAUUCUCAAAGCUUCAUCCCAAAAAGGUCCCAACUUCAGACAAGACCAGAGAACAUGGAGCAUUAGUGGAAUCCUCGGGGAGAAUAUUGUUAAAGAAGAGUAUAAGGAGGAGGAUGAGGAGUACGGGGUGAUGGAGGAGCUUUCGGAAGGACACAAGGAUAUGAUGGACCCACCAGAGAGAUUCCACGGACGGGACGUCGGGAAGAUCUCAGAGGAACGUCUCACGUUGCCUCCAGAAGAGGAGGACAUCACACGGCAUUGUCCAGGAGAAGACCCAAGCACCCCAAAUAUGCAAUCGUUGCCACACACUGAGAAAUGUGUUCUCGAAAAGCCAGAUUUGUGUAUGGAGUGUGGGAAAAGUUUUGGCAGUAAAUACGAUCUGACGGUGCACGAGAAAUCUCACGGGGACAAAAGGCGCCAUUCCUGUUCAGAGUGCGGGAAAAGUUUUCUGCGAGAGGCGACACUCAGAGAGCAUCAGAAGUUACACACGGCGGAGAAGCCGUUUAAUUGCCCCGCGUGUGGGAAAAGUUAUACACGUAAACACGGACUUAUUCAACAUCAGAAAACCCACACGGGGGAGAAGCCGUAUGCAUGCUCUGUGUGUGGGAAAGGCUUUCUGCGGAAGGCGACUCUCAGAGAGCACGAAAAGUUACACACGGGUGAGAAGCCGCAUUUUUGCUCCGUGUGUGGGAAAGGCUUUGCACAUAAAAACGUACUUGUUAGACAUCAGAAAUCUCACACAGAGGAGAAGCCUUAUUCGUGCUCUCAGUGCAGCAAAGCUUUCUCGGUAAAGUUCUAUCUCUCUAGACAUCAGAGGUACCACAAAAGUGAGAAGCCGUAUUCCUUUUCCGAGUGUGGGAAAGGUUUUGCAUGUGUCCAAGAUCUUACAAGACACCAGAAAACUCACACAGACAGGAAGCCGUAUUCUUGUCCUGAGUGCGGAAAAUGUUAUCAAACGAAAUCAGAACUUAUUAUACAUCAAAGUUUUCACACAGGCAAGGAACUGUAUGCAUGUUCCGAGUGCGGGAAAAUCUUUUCACACAAGUCUGACCUAUCCAAACAUCUAAGUGUGCACAUGUCGCAUCUCACCAGGCAUCAUAUACCUCACACUGGCAAGAAGCCAUAUACCUGCGCCGAGUGCGGGAAAGGCUUUUGGGACAAAUCCCAACUCAUUAGAGAUCAGGUCUUCCAUGUGGUCGUCAAACCGGAAUCCUAUCCCCAGUGCAAUGGCUGCACAGCACCACAAAUGCCAUCCAUGAGUGGAAUCCUCGGGGAGAAUAUUGUUAAAGAAGAGUAUAAGGAGGAGGAUGAGGAGUACGGGGUGAUGGAGGAGCUUUCGGAAGGACACAAGGAUAUGAUGGACCCACCAGAGAGAUUCCACGGACGGGACGUCGGGAAGAUCUCAGAGGAACGUCUCACGUUGCCUCCAGAAGAGGAGGACAUCACACGGCAUUGUCCAGGAGAAGACCCAAGCACCCCAAAUAUGCAAUCGUUGCCACACACUGAGAAAUGUGUUCUCGAAAAGCCAGAUUUGUGUAUGGAGUGUGGGAAAAGUUUUGGCAGUAAAUACGAUCUGACGGUGCACGAGAAAUCUCACGGGGACAAAAGGCGCCAUUCCUGUUCAGAGUGCGGGAAAAGUUUUCUGCGAGAGGCGACACUCAGAGAGCAUCAGAAGUUACACACGGCGGAGAAGCCGUUUAAUUGCCCCGCGUGUGGGAAAAGUUAUACACGUAAACACGGACUUAUUCAACAUCAGAAAACCCACACGGGGGAGAAGCCGUAUGCAUGCUCUGUGUGUGGGAAAGGCUUUCUGCGGAAGGCGACUCUCAGAGAGCACGAAAUGUUACACACGGGUGAGAAGCCGCAUUUUUGCUUCGUGUGUGGGAAAGGCUUUGCACAUAAAAACGUACUUGUUAGACAUCAGAAGUCUCACACAGAGGAGAAGCCUUAUUCGUGCUCUCAGUGCAGCAAAGCUUUCUCGGUAAAGUUCUAUCUCUCUAGACAUCAGAGGUACCACAAAAGUGAGAAGCCGUAUUCCUUUUCCGAGUGUGGGAAAGGUUUUGCAUGUGUCCAAGAUCUUACAAGACACCAGAAAACUCACACAGACAGGAAGCCGUAUUCUUGUCCUGAGUGCGGAAAAUGUUAUCAAACGAAAUCAGAACUUAUUAUACAUCAAAGUUUUCACACAGGCAAGGAACUGUAUGCAUGUUCCGAGUGCGGGAAAAUCUUUUCACACAAGUCUGACCUAUCCAAACAUCUAAGUGUGCACAUGUCGCAUCUCACCAGGCAUCAUAUACCUCACACUGGCAAGAAGCCAUAUACCUGCGCCGAGUGCGGGAAAGGCUUUUGGGACAAAUCCCAACUCAUUAGAGAUCAGGUCUUCCAUGUGGUCGUCAAACCGGAAUCCUAUCCCCAGUGCAUCCACGGACGGGACGUCGGGAAGAUCUCGGAGGAACGUCUCACGUUGCCUCCAGGAGAGGAGGACAUCACGCAGCAUUGUCCAGGAGAAGACCCAAGCACCCCGAAUAUGCAAUCGUUGCCACACACUGACAAAUGUGUUCUUGAAAAGCCAUAUUUGUGUCUGGAGUGUGGGAAAAGUUUUGGCAGUACAUAUGAUCUGACGGUGCACGAGAAAUCUCACGGGGACAAAAGGCGCCAUUCCUCUUCAGAUUAUACACGUAAACACGGACUUGUUCAACAUCAGAAAACCCACACGGGGGAGAAGCCGUAUGCAUGCUCUGUGUGUGGGAAAGGCUUUCUGCGGAAGGCGACUCUCAGAGAGCACGAAAUGUUACACACGGGUGAGAAGCCGCAUUUUUGCUUCGUGUGUGGGAAAGGCUUUGCACAUAAAAACGUACUUGUUAGACAUCAGAAGUCUCACACAGAGGAGAAGCCUUAUUCGUGCUCUCAGUGCAGCAAAUCUUUCUCACUAAAGGUUCAUCUCACUAGACAUCAGAGGUACCACAAAAGCGAGAGGCCGUAUUCCUGUUCCGGGUGUGGGAAAGGUUUUGCAUGUAAGUCAAAACUUGUUAUACAUCAGAGAUCUCACACAGGGGAGAAGCCGUAUUCCUGUCAGGAGUGUGGGAAAAGUUACCUGAACAAAUCAAAUCUUACCAUACAUCAAAAACUGCACACAGGUGAGAAGCUGCAUUCGUGCUCCAUGUGUGGGAAAAGUUAUCCACAGGAGUCAGAACUUGUUGUACAUCAGAGAUCUCACACAGGGGAGAAGCCAUAUUCCUGUCCCGAGUGUGGGAAAAGUUACCUGAACAAAUCAAAUCUCACCAUACAUCAAAAGCUGCACGCAGGUGAGAAGCUGCAUUCGUGCUCCAUGUGUGGGAAAAGUUAUCCACAGGAGUCAGAACUUGUUGUACAUCAGAGAUCUCACACAGGGGAGAAGCCGUAUUCCUGUCCCGAGUGUGGAAAAAGUUACCCGAAUAAAGGAAGUCUUAAAAAACAUCAGAGGCUGCAUAGCGGCGAGAAGCCCUAUUCCUGUCUUGAGUGUGGGAAAUGUUUUACGCAGAAGACGCAUCUCAUCACCCAUCAAAUAUGUCACACCGGCAAGAAGCCAUAUGCCUGCGCCGAGUGCGGGAAAGGCUUUCGGAGAAAAUCCCAGCUCAUUAGAGAUCAGAUCUUCCAUGUGUUUGUCAAACGGGAAUCCUAUCCCUAG